AUAUCGAAUUGGACAGAGGCUCGCAGAUUUUUUCCGGCCUGAAAAGCAAGGCUUGGUCACCAUCUCGUGCCAUAUUAUUUGAUACUGCAUUGCCUCAAGCACGCCGCAUAUUAACGACUUAAAACGGCCAUUUAUUCGGCUUUUUACUUGCAAUUUUUUGUCGCAAUAACACACUUUACUUUGGUUCAAACAUCACCCAUACGACACAUUACUACGAAACGAGACACUACGGAAACUAAACAUUAUAGCGAAAUUCGCGAGUUGUUACUCACAUUCAUCAAAUCCCGCAAAUCCGGUUCAAUUGUUCUAUCUUUAACUUUCUGACAGAACAUUUUUCUCAUUUUUGGUUAAAGUCUCGAUUAUUAUUCAUUUUUCUUCUCUUUCGUCUUCCUCCUCACUUAUCCUUCAAUCAUGUCCUCAGAUAAUGAGUUUUUGCAGGAGGCACUCGACAUCCUAGACCGUGCCUAUCACGAGUUUGUUGAUACUCGUCAAUACCGUUUGGGAAAUGCAGUGGCAAGUGCUGAGACAUACUUGGAUAAUCAUGUGUACUUGAUUUGGCCGGUGGCUGUCUAUAUUGAGGCGUUGGCCGAUAGUUUGAAGUUUUCUGGCAGAUACGAAAAGAAACUCGAGGUUGUAUUCAAGGCUAUGAAGCAGUACUGGCACCCUUCAAUGGGUGCCUGUUGUGCGAGUCUUUAUUUUGACGGAAAUGACGAUGUUUACUACGAUGACAAUGCUCAGCUGGCUAUUGGGUUGGCUGUUGCCGGAUAUUAUUCAGGCACAUCAGUCCAUCGUCGACAAUAUGUAAACCGUGCGACGAGCAUUGUUGAACUUACCAUUCAAAGAGGAUGGAACAGUGAAAAAGGCGGUGUUGCUUGGCACACCCGCACAACAGGCCCCCCUUGGACAAAUUUGAAUGCCUGUUCCACUACCAUGGCUGCAACAGCAGCUUGUCGUUUGGCUGCCGUUACUAACGAUCCUUCACGCCGAAAGGACAUGCUAGUAUUUGCUUGGAAGUGUAUUCUUUGGGUUCAUGAUCAUCUUCUAAAUGAGCACGGACUUGUGUGUGAUGGUUUAUCGCUGGAGAAUGGUCACUGGAAACGUGACCCGAUCGUAUUCACAUACAAUACUGGUGGUUACAUACUUUCAAUGUCGUUACUGAACAAUUUCCCCACCGACAAUCAAAUGCUCCCGAAUAUUGACCGACUACCUAGUAUGUUGGAGGACGCGGUGAAGGCUGCAUUGGAUACAAAUGGUGCCUUGUACGAACAAGCAUGUAACGGUCCCUUCAAGAAUUGGGCCGACAACACCUUUUUCUCACAGAUUCUUGCAGAGGGUUUAGUUGCUUUCUCGUUCACUAUGCCGGGUUCCCCGUUGGCCGAGCCAGCACAGCAAAUGGUGCUCGACCAAGCUCGUUUUGUGAUGAAAUAUAUUCGUGAUCCCAAGGAUGGCAUGUAUUUCCGCAGUUUAAGUCUCUACAAGUUGAAUGAACAAGGUGUUCGAAUCUUCAACCAGUUGUUCCAUGCCAACAAGACAUUGGAACCCUGUGCCGAGGAUCGUGAAAGCUUAAAGGAUGUGCCUUUAGAAAAGCGCCCGCCUGUUAAAACGUUACUCGGAAAUGCUGGCGCUGCGCGCCUUCUAUUCUGUGCUGCCGAAAUCGUCCUUCGAAGACAAUCAAAGGGUGCUCCUCAAGAUGCAAGUGCUGGCGCUUUUAUGCAAAGAAGACCAGGAGCUUCCACAGCUUCCGGCGAUAAGCUAAAGAAGAACUGUAUCAUUUCCUAGUUUUCUUGCCCUUCAUGUUUAUCGCUAUUUUAUUUCAUGAACUUACGGUAUCACCUAACGAUUUAUUUUGUGCUUGUUCUUGCAUAAAAUCAUGUUCUGCUUUCCCUCACGUUUUCGUUUGUUUCUCCUGCUUAUGACUAAUUUUAUUCCAUCAAUGUCUUCAGUUGCUUUCAUCAUUACUUUACUUACUUUUGUAUACUAAACAACGGGCUGUUCAUGUAGCAUACAUAAUAAAAAUAACACCUAUUAAAGGACUUUCUGUUUGCCACGAAA